AUGAUUUGGGAGAUUAUUGCAGGAGCCACAGCUCUAAUAAUGGUAUUAAGUGGAAUACAUUUAUUUACUCAUCAAUAUGAAAUAGUUUUCUAUCCUACUCGUCAUACAUUACCAAGUGUUGAAGAAAUAACACAAACCUUCCAACUCCCAUUUGAAUUAAAAGAAGUUUCAAUUUUUACAAAUGAUAAUAAUACUGUUUAUUUAUAUGCAUGUUUAAAAGAAGAGCCAUCAAAACACAUAACAUUAUUAUUAUUUCAAAGUAAUGCUGGGAGUGUUUUAGAUAGAAUGGAAAUGGCUAAAAAAUAUUAUGAAUUAUGUAACGUAAAUUUUGUUAUUGCAGUAUAUCGAGGGUUUGAUAAAUCGACAGGGAUUCCAGAAGAAGUAACAAUGAAUAAUGAUGUUGAAAAAUAUUUUGAUUCAUUAGAGUCACUUGGAGUUGAUAUGAAUAAUAUUGUUGUUAUUGGAAGAUCAAUUGGAGCAUCAAUGGCAUUAAAAUUGUAUAAUAAAAAAAAUUGUAAAGGAUUAAUUAUUGAAAAUGGAUUUACAACACUUCUUGAUGUUGGUAAAAUAUUAAUGCCAGCUAUUAGUUUCUUUCCUUGGUUAAUUAAAGAUAAAUGGGAUAAUUUAAAUGAAAUUAAACAUGUACAAAAAGGAAAAAGAAUUUUAUUUUGUAGUAGUGGUCAAGAUGAAAUGGUCCCACCAUCAAUGAUGCAACACCUUUAUGAUGUUGCUCAUGAAACAGGGAAAAAAGUAAGAAUGGAAAAAUUUGCAAAAGGAUUUCAUAUGAAUUUACCAAGUUAUCCUGAAUAUUUUAAAAAAUUAAAUAAAUUUUUUGAAGAACUUACAAAGGAAACAAUGGAAGAAGGGAUAAUAGAAAAUCAAGAAGUACAGUAG